GGGAAUGGAGUUCCCUGUGAAAGGUUGCUUCGGCCAUUGAUGCCGAACAAAUCGAGGGCCUUCCCUAUUACACCUUUCUCAAUCUUCUUCUCUUCUUUCGUCAUCUGGCUUGAUUCUGAUCAAUGCUCAGCUUUCUCUUUGUGAUUUCAUCGUUCUGUUCGCGUUCAUUGUAGAUGGCAUUCUUAUGAUGUGUCCUGAUCUUUUUCCGAUGCUCUCUCUUCGUCACUGUAUUUUGGUUUCAAUCUUAUCCAUGCAUCGGGAAAAAGAAGUUUCUCCCACUUCUUGGGAGUCUUGUUCUUGUUGUUUCUUAAAGGCUUGUGAUGAUAAACAUUUUCUUGACUAAUUACCUUUUCUUAGUGGUAACUUAAAGUACGUAUGCAUGAAUCAUUAAUUUCUACAAGCCGGUCGACCGAGCGAGGUGAUCGUGAAGCUUCUGUUGGCUGUUUUAAUCGGCAUUGUAAAGUGAUUUGUUGUGUUUUCUUUUUCUCUAAGCAAGGAGUAGCAACGCCGAUCUUCCGACGGCACCGGUGUAGGGAAUUCAGUCGCAUCUAGAUAUAGCUCUGAUAUAGUUUUGGAUUUGUGUAUAGUUCAAAUACAAAUUAUCGAUGCCUUAUUAUAGCUUUUCUUUCUUGAGAUCUUGAGUUAUUUCUCGACUUUGGUAGGAAUAAAACACUUAUAGAAUUGUAUAGUUUAAAAAAUUAAAACCCACGGAAAUCAAACUGUCCAAAUAUUUAUAAAAUCCAAUAAUAUGAAUGUAUAUGCUAAGCCCUUGAAAAUAAUAAAAAAGGUUCAGAGCUUAUCAUUUCGGAUGCGGCCUACAAACAAUCACCUCCCGACAGUAUCAUUUAGAAGGCGAUCUUUUUUUGUAAAAGCGUUUGUCAUUUUAUGUGGCGUUUAUGUGUGGCAGCUAUGGAUAUAUGAAAACAUUGUGUCCGAACCACAGAAAUCUUUGUGCAUUUUUUUCUUUUUUCUUUUUAUUUUCUUGAUGCUUCAUGAGAGUAUAAGAGUGGGGUUCGCUUGGAAUUACAACGAAAGAAGAAAGAUUUGGAGAUCUUUGAAGGAAAACAUCAAUCUCGGUUUUUCAAAAAGAAAAUAAAUAAAAAAUAAUAAUUUACAAAAUGUGCGUUAUAAAGACAUGCAUCCUCCGCAGUAGGAGACAGAGAAAGAGAGAGAUAAGAAAGCGUCCAACACGCAGAGGAAUGCAAUAUGGGACGCAAACGAUCAAGGAAAAACCACUCGGAGGAGAAAUUUCAAGAGGACAGGACGGCCUGGUCUGCUGACGAUCAAAACAUGUCAGGUCCAGAAUCCAAUCAAGCAGACGUCUUAGAUGAACCGACUCGAGAAAUGGUUGAGCUUCAAAGUUUGGCAGCUGAUAUUUCAAGGGGACUCAACCAAGCGCUUUUUAUAUGUUUCACACUCGCCCGCCAUUCCUCUCAGGAGUAUGGUCCUGGUCGCCGCCGCAAUUCUCUGCGAGUACCUGAAAAUGCACUUCCCUUGCUGCUUCAAGUUUGGCAGAGGGCAGGUUUGUUGCUUAAUCGGAUUCGGCUCAUACUGCCACACUCUUAUCUGGCAGAUACACAGCCUCCUGGUCAGAGACACAGCUCGGACCCCAACACUGUUCCUGCUCAACAAGAUGGGCAGCCAUCAUCAUCACGGACUCAACACUCUGCAGCUUCCAUGGUUCAGCUGCCUCAGGUGCCCUCUGUCCGUAUAGAUCUGAACAGUCCGUAUCAGCACGAACAGCCAGCACAACCCCCACAAAUCAGAACUCGUUGGCUUCUUCCUCUACAUUUUGAUGAUUUCCCAUCUGAAUCUGAUGCAUUAGAACAGCGUCCGAAUCAAGCAGAAGCUCAACAAACGCUAUCCUUAUCAACUGCAUGUACACGUCAAACAAGGAAGAGCGAAAAACAGUCCAGCCAAUCUGCCUCCAUCAAAAAGUGAACACAGACAUAAUGUACACUAUUCUACUGAUGAUAGUAUGUAACUGUACUUGCAUUAGUUUUUUCUAACUGUUGUUGCAAUUUAGAAUUACAGAAGCUCUAAUUCAUGAAGAUAUCCAUUUGAAAAGUCUAAGGUCGUUCAUGGGUUCAUUACCUGAAUUGC